AUGAGCUUUCGUAAUGGGUCUGCAAGUGGAUUGGAUGGGUUAUCUCCACAACAUUUGAAAGAUUUGAUAUCUAGUACGACUGGUGAUUCUGGAAGAGCUUUGUUGGAGAGCCUUGUGUCUCUGGUUAACCACAUGUUAUCAGGAGGUAUUUUGGAGGACAUAAAAGAAGUAUUUUAUGGUGCUAAUUUGUGCGCCUUAAUGAAAAAUAAUGAUGACAUUAGACCUAUAGCUGUGGGUACAACUUUGAGACGCUUAGUGUCGAAAAUAUGUUGCAAAAAUAUUAAACCCAAGCUUACGGAGCAGUUCCAGCCUAAACAGCUGGGUUUCGGGACUAAGGGAGGUUGUGAAGCAGCUGUUCAUGCAGCGAGAACUUUCAUUAAUUCUGGCAAUGGGGAGGUAUUUUUAAAGGUAGACGUAAAGAAUGCCUUUAAUUCCAUUGAUAGACGUUCCUUUUUAGCGGAAGUUGAAAGGAUUGUUCCAGAGGUAUUACCGUUUCUAAAACAAUGUUAUGGCUCGCCAUCAAUAUUAGUAUAUAACAAUCAUCCCAUAAAGUCUUCUGUAGGAUGUCAACAGGGCGAUCCAAUGGGUCCUGUUAUUUUUAGUUUGGGUAUAAAUUCUAUAAUCAAGAAACUUCUUUCACCUCUAAAUAUUUGGUAUUUGGAUGAUGGCUCGCUAGGGGGAAACGCAUCAGUCGUUUUAUCGGAUUUGGAAAUUUUGAUAAAUGAUCUAGCUGGAAUAGGUUUGCAACUGAAUUUUGACAAAUGUGAACUUUAUAUUAAAGGUUCGAUGUCAGAGGCAGACAAACAUGAUAUUAUUGCUAGAUUUGAUUCUCUGGCUCCUGGAAUUAAAAUAGUAGCCAUCGAGUCCUUUAAUUUAUUAGGUGUUCCUCUCAUGAACGAAUCUAUUCCAGCAUACGUGGAUGAGCAAAUUGAAAAGUUUCACCGGUCUUCUGAACGUUUGUUUCAUAUAAAUACACACAUGGCAUUAUUUGUGAUGAGGUGGUGUCUAUUUGUGCCUAAAUUUACAUAUGCAAUGAGAAGUUCAAUGCUUUGGAAGUUUCCAGAACAAUUGAUGAAACUAGAUAUGAUAUUAAAGGAAACUCUAAUCAAAAUUCUAAAUUGUCAGUUGGUUGAUGAUGCUUGGAAUCAAGCCACAUUACCAGUGCGUCAUGGAGGAUUAGGCGUAAGAAAAGUUUCAUCUGUUGCUCUUCCGGCAUUUUUGGCGUCAGUCCAUGCUUCAAACCCUCUUUGCGGAAAAAUCAUUAACCCUAGUUCGGGUUCCGUAGAGAUUUGGGGAGUGGGCGAGGCUGUGAAUGCUUGGCAGUUGCAAUGUCCUUCAUCUGAUAUGCCUAAUAUAUGUCACUCACAAAGGCAGUGGGAUGAACCACUCUGUAUUAAAACACAGCAGAACCUUGUAACCCAUUGUGAAUCCGCUGAAACUCGUGCCCGUCUUCAAGCAGUAGCUGAAAGGGAAUCGGGAUAUUGGUUGCAGGCAUUCCCGUCAACUAAUACUGGAACGCUUCUCGACGAUUGCUCCUUUACAUUAUUAAUAGGUUUGCGGUUGGGUGUAAAAAUAGUUCAGCCCCAUCGUUGUAGCUGUGGAGCCUCAGUUGAAGAGCUGGGAUACCAUGGUCUGUCCUGUGUGAGAAGUGCAGGUCGAAUACCUCGCCAUGCCAUGAUCAAUAACAUUAUUCAUAGGGCACUUGCGAUGACACAAAUACCAGCGAUUUUGGAACCAAAUGGCAUUUUCCGUGAGGAUGGGAAACGACCUGAUGGCGUAACUUUGGUUCCUUGGAAAAUGGGGAAAUGCUUGGUGUGGGAUGCGACAUGUGUAGACACGUUAGCUCCAAGCCAUUUAUCUAAAUCGUCCUCUUGUUCGGGUGCUGCGGCGGUGAUAGCGGAAGCAAUAAAGAGGCAAUUCGCUAACGACGUGUCGGUCAGAAGUGCCGCCAUCACUCACACCGUACGAGAGAUGGAUUCUGUGAAAGUUGGACUCACAGCAAAUUAG